AUGCACCCUCCCCACAAAACACUUAAGUGGGACAAGAUCGUGGAGUAUGCGUUUCUAGCCAACUUUGACCUCUUAUGCAACAUGCGUGCAGACGUGUCUCAACAGCCUUGGGCAUCACCUGUUGCUCGGAGGGCGAUGGACCUGUAUUUCAAAAUGUGCCAGGCAUGGGAGGAGAUUCAAUACUUGAACGUGGAGGUACGGCACCUAGUGACAUACAUCCGAGACAAAGACAAAUACCUGCGGGCAUUUGAGGAUCAGUUGAAGGCUGUCAGUCCAACUCUCACCCAUCAACAGCUCCAUGAGAUAUCAACACUUCCUGGCUUCACCGGGACAAUAUCCCCAGGUAUAAGCACUCACACAGGUCUCGGAGAAAGCUCCAGCACACCGAAUGCGCAGAUCCCAUCACAAUUGGCAAUUGCAGUGGCACUGGAUACUCCGGAUGACUUAGAUGAGGAGGAGCAGGAAGAGGAGGUGGAAGAGGAGGCAUCCAGAAGUUUGCAGGAUGUGCUCCAUGUUGCUGAUGAUCUCUCAUGA